AUGAGAAUGUCCGAACGCCCCGAAUCUGGCCAAAGGGAAGCCCACGUAAACUGCCUGGUGAUCGGCGCUGACCACGUCGGAAAGUCAGCCCUCACCGUGCGAUUCCUCACGCGGAGGUUCAUCGGCGAAUACGGAGAGACGGAGACUGUUUACACACACAACGUGACCGUGGACGGAAGAGACAUCUGUUUCAACAUCUGGGAUUCCCCGCACGCACAGGUCUCUAAGGUGACUCCUUUCCCGACCGAAUAUCAGAUGCACUGGACAGACGGCUUCAUCUUCGUCUACAGUAUCUGCGACCGGGAAAGUUUUGAGGUGUCUCGGCGACAGUUGAGGCGGCUCCGCCAAGCCCGGGGCGACGGCCCACCGGCUCUGCUGCUGGGAAACAAGACCGACCUGUCGCAUCGGCGCGCCGUCUCCAGCCACGAAGCCCGGCUGCUCGCCCUGUCCAACCACUGCGGCUUCCUGGAGGUGUCGGCGGCUGAGAACAGUCAGGGCGCCCUCCUCGCUUUCCACCAGCUACUGCGGCUGGUGCGCCAGGCCAGGGCGGAGGCGAGCAGGAGCUCCUCACUCCGGGCACUGGUGCGGAGUGUCUCCGCUGUGCUGGGCGGGAGGAAACGCGAGUGGACUCGGCCUCGUCCAAGAGGAGGAGCUGGUACCCGCUCUUAG